AUGCAAUCGACUGAUCGUAACGAUUUCUUCUCUACACAGAACGAAUACAAAGACUUCUAUGUUGUCCAACAAGCCAUUUUGAUUGGGUUUCUUAAUGCUUAUUAUGGUGUUUCAGUCUCCAAGCAAAAGAAACAGACAUCGGUCACAACUCCAUUUCCAAUAUUACAGUCGAUCAACUUUGGAAAUGACCAACUCGACGUCCAAGUCCUUGCCGAUAAAGCGUUGUCGGAGACGUAUCAAAGAGAAUGCGCGGAAGUGAGAAAACGGCAAACAGCCCUCAGACGGUUUGAGAAGAACAAGAAGAUCUUUGUACAACACCUUUUGAUCGACUUACUCGAGAUGAAGGGAUUUUCAUUUGAGUCUAAUUUGGCUCGGAACACGGGAAAGACUUUAAGACUGGAAAGAAUAAGUAAAGUCUUUUUCGAUGGGCACAUCAUCAUGGAGUUUGGUGAUGUUAUUAGUCGUGGAUAUGCUAUUAACAAUUACUUAAAUAACUUAGUUAAUAACGGAAAAGGUCAAAAAUUUAUCGACGCAAAUGACGGGGAUAUUGCAGACAUUAUCCUUUCUCAGGAAGUCCCAAGAUCCGUCGCUUGA